UUCAGAAGGAGAGCAGCUUCUGUUUGAUUGGAGGAAGUGGAGCAUACACAGAAAAAGAUGGCCGAAGUGAUAGAACUGCAGAAAUUGAAGCUUGCUGAACUGAGGCAAGAGUGCGAUGCCCGAGGUCUGGAGACCAAGGGAAAUAAAGGAGAUCUGAUUGCCCGACUCCAAGCCUAUCUGGACGAACAUGAAGAAGACGUGGAUGUAGACGAAGUCCUGGCUGAGGAUUCUGUGGACUUUGGUAAAGUGGAGAGCACUGAGCCCAUAAAUGUGAACAAUGGUUCUGAAGCGAUUGAAAGUGAGCCGCCUGCUGAGAAGAAGGUGGUGAAAAUAUCUCCUCCAUUAUCUGCCAGUGAGAGACUACAGAAAAGAGCUGAGCGUUUUAAUGUGCCAGCAUCAGCUGAGAGCAAGAAGGCCUUACGUGCAGCAAGGUUUGGCAUGCCGUCCGAUUCUUCUAGCCCGUCCCCAGGCGUUGUUGCAAACAGCAAAACUGGCGUGAGCGCUGACCUGCUUAAGAAGCGGGCAGAAAGAUUCGGCAUGAACGUUUCCUCAGUUUCACAAAAGAUUGUGGAGGAUGAAAAGCUGAAAAAGAGAAAGGAGAGGUUUGGGAUCUUAACGAGCGCCCCGUCAGUUGGAGGAGAGGACGUUGAGGCAAAGAAGAUGAAGCGUGCAGAGAGAUUUGGAAAUGUUUAAAAAGAUGAUUGUCUUUUUUUUUUCUUUUUUUUUUUUUGUAGUGUUUUGUUUAAGGCUGUACAACCGAUAAAGUCUCACCGACUGGAAUUUUAUCAAUCAAAGGUACACUUAAAUGCAAGGUCAUAUCUGAGAGGUGGAUUCUGGAAAUGACUGUUUUCCCAGAAGGCUAAAAGCUAAUACUGUAUUUAUCUGUUUUUACUCGCUAUAAAAUUUUGAUGCAUAGACCAACUUCUUUUGUUUCUUUUAAACUAAAAAUUAUGCAGCAAUAAACAUUUUAUUUCCUGCAGCUUUUUCAUGUUAAGAACUGGUUAUAUUUCUUAGACCCAAGCCAAUUAUUAAUUUAAAAAAAGUGCUGCAUAGAAGUUGAGCGAUGAUAGUGGCCUCAGAUUAGGAAAAGUUCUGUUAAAGGUUGUUUUCAGGUUCAGUUUUUGGCCACAUUAAGACAUUAUUUCAUUACUCUGAAAGACAGUUGCAGGAAUUUUUUUUAUGACAUCAUCCAGUGUAGCUAAACAGCAAAUGGUUCAUUUGAAAAACGUUCUUUUGUUCAUGGCUUGAAAAAUCAGUUUUCUGGUUGUUUACUAAAUUUCAGGUGACAAGAUGUUUCCUUGUAUGUUUAUUUUGUUUUAAUUUACUUGUACUUUUGAUUUAGCACACAGCCUUUUAAUUCUUUGUCAUGGAGGAGGCACCAUGAUACUACUUCAGGUUAUCUGUCCAUUUUAUAACAUUUUGAAAUUUAAAAUAAAUUGUUUUGAAUUUU